AUGCCUUUAACAACGAAAUCUGGGAAUCCAAUUACAAUUGGAGUUGGUACCGGAAGUGCGGUGAAGCUAGUUAAGAGGGAGGAUCCAACAAAUGCCGAGAAGCAACAAGUUAUUAUUGAUAUUGUUAAAAAUGCUUUAGAUAUUGGGUAUAAUCAUAUUGAUUCGGCCGAAGUUUAUCUUACUCAACCGGAGGUUGGUAAAGCUAUAAAAGGUAGAGAGAGGGAGGAUUUGUUUAUAACUACUAAAUAUGCAAUUUCAUCAACUUUUAUAACCAAAGAAUCAUUUACACCGGAGGAAUUUGCGAAGCAGACAUUUAAAGAGUUGGGUACUGAUUAUAUAGACUUAUUUUUGAUACAUUUUCCUGCUGAUGAUUAUGUUCAAACUUGGAAAGAUGUUAUCAAAUUAAGAGAUGAGGGAUUGGUUAGAUAUAUUGGAGUUUCAAAUUUUAAACCGGAGGAAAUUGAGAAACUAAUUGAAUUUGAAAUACCGUUGGUUAAUCAGAUUGAGUAUUACUGGGGGAUUGACAAACCUAAAGUAUUGGACUUUCAUAAGAAGCAUAAUAUUUUAAUUGAAGCCUAUUCUCCGUUGAAACCGAUUAAAGAUCCAGAAUUGAUCAAACUUGCUGAAGAUGCAAACAUUUCACCAGCUCAAUAUUUAUUGAAGCAUUUAUUAGACAAUGGCAUUUUACCUGUUACUACAUCAUUUCAAAAGGAGAAAUUAUUAGACUCAUUUAAAGUACAUAAUUUAUAG